UGCGGGCCAUGUUGAUGUGAACCGAAACAUAGAGCAUUGAUUAAGUGAGACUGAGCGCAGAUCCUAUUUGUCGUACACUUUCGAACCUAAUGAAAUCCGACAUAACGCAAUAGACGAUGUGUCAGUGCAGACUACAAAAUAUCAACAAACGCUUCAGAGGAGUGCCUUUUGUUGAAGUGAAAAAAACGGAUACCCAAACCUCUCAACGGAAGCUUCAUGCAAACCCGAGUAGUAUACAGUACAUCGUCGUUAUUCUGGCAGCGUUAACCGUCUACGGAAAUUCGCCAAGAUGUGGUUUUGUGUUUGACGACCUUUCAGCAAUCGUGUCGAAUCGUGACGUGCACGGACAUACGCCGCUAUUUCAGCUUCUCACAAACGACUACUGGGGAACACCAAUGAACAUGGAGCAUAGUCACAAGUCAUAUCGGCCAUUAAGUGUGUUAACGUUCCGAAUAUCUUACGCUCUGCACGGACUACAGUCUUUCGGGUACCAUCUUGCAAACGUCCUCCUACAUGCAGCCGUGUCCGCCAGCGUACUAAGGUUUUCCGCACAAUGGUUAAGGAUCAGCGAUCGAAUCAUAGGAGCGGCGCCGUUUCUCUGCGCAUUGCUGUUCGCCAUACAUCCUAUUCACACGGAAGCUGUGACAGGCGUUGUAGGUCGUGCCGAACUUUUAAGCGCCUUAUUUUUUCUGUGGUCGCUAAUGUUCUGCGAGGACGACUCGUGGACCUCGCAGUCGAUCAGCAUCGUUAUGUGUAUAUUGGCAACUUUGUCAAAGGAACAGGGUUUUAUGGCAUUUCCACUAUGCAUCCUCCUGAAGGUCAUUCGGCGUAUUCCGCUUCAAAAGCUGUUUAGAAGUUCCGAACAUAAGAGCAUUUUAAUUUACCUAAGAGCGGACAGCCAUAGAUAUGUCGGCUAUUUGGUCGCAGCCACAGUAUUACUAUACGCACGGUAUCGCCUUAUGAACGGGGAGCUCCCAGUGUUUACCAGGUUUGAUAAUCCUGCAGCAUCGUCGGAUCGACCGUAUCGUCAGUUGACAUUCGCAUAUCUCGCAGCCUUUAAUUUCGGCAUAUUGCUAUUUCCAUUUCGGCUCUGCUGUGAUUGGACGAUGGGCUCUAUCCCGUUGGUGGGAGUAACCGACCCACGCAACCUCGCAACAUUAGUACUGCUUGCAAGUCUCAUAGCCGUCCUGUGGAAGCUGUUUUUAACAGCUGCAUCUGGUUCAGAGCGCGAACUGGGUCGUGUGAUUAUAUCUGUGGCGAUGCUGAUUGUACCGUUUAUACCCGCGUCGAAUCUUUUUUUUCACGUUGGAUUCGUGAUCGCCGAAAGGGUCCUCUACAUUCCGAGUGUCGGCUUCUCUAUGCUAGUAGCCAAUGGCGCUUACAAUCUACCGAAGCAUGCAGCUUAUACUCAGCGGUGGUGCAAAUUGGGUUUGUUCCUCCUCGUCAGCUCGCACAUGGUAAAGACAAUUCAGAGGAACUUGGAUUGGAAAGACGAAUUAUCCAUUUAUUUAUCUGGACUUCGCACCAAUGUUAAUAACGCAAAACUGUUUAAUAACGUCGGAUUCGCCUAUCAGCAACAGGAAAACUUUGAAAAGGCACUUGAGUUCUUCCAAAGGGCUUCCAUACUCCAGCCGGACGAUAUUGGUUCGUGGAUAAACGUUGGCUGCGCAUUAAAUAAGCUUUCCCGAUUUACUGAGGCUGAAGCUGCCUACAGUAAAGCUCACUCCCUCCUGCCGAGACGCACUCCACGAUUAGGAGUCACCUCGAACCCAACAAAGGAACUUAGGAUUGCUCCUGUUCAUCUGAAUGUCUUCGUUAGUUUGGCUAACCUUAUCACUCGAAAUAACAGCCGCCUACAUGAAGCCGAUAUGCUGUAUCGAGAGGCAAUAGCCAUGAAGCAAGAUUACGUGGACGCUUACACAAAUCGAGGGGAAAUACUUUUGAAGAUGGGUCGACUUGACGAGGCAAUACAGGUGUACUCACAUGCAGUGAAGCUGAAACCGUUCGAUCCGAACGUGCAUUUUAACCUUGGAGUUGGGCUCGUCAAACUAGACAACCACAAAACCCAAAAGAAUUAUACAGAGCGGGCUGCCCAAGAAUUUCUUACGGUACUGAAACUGGAUCCAAGUCAUCAGAGAGCUUUGUUGAGUUUGAGCAUGUGCGUUCAAAAUAUCAGUGAAGUUCGAUUCCGGCGCCGCCUAGUUGAUCGGGUUGAGGAAAUUGCUCUUACGACUUCGGACGCUCCGGGCCAACAUACGUUACCUUUGGAGAACGUUUGGUUCAACUUGGCCAUGGCGUGCGUGCAGCAUGCUUCGCAAUCGUCUCAGCCGUCGUGUAGUCUAGAUCGGGGUGAAGUUUUCUUUCGACGAGCUCUUGCACUCCGACCGAACUUUCGGAGUGCACUCUUCAACCUCGGAGUCUUAUUGUUCGAACAGCGGCGUAUUACGGAUUCUGUGAUUGUCCUUGAACAAUUGGUUACUUGGCAUCCGGAUCACGUUAAAGGCCUCAUGCUGCUUGCCGAUAUUCACAUGAUACAUAGACAAGACAAGAACAAGGCCAAAUUGUUUUAUCACAAGGUCCUCGAAGUUGAACGGGUGGAUAAUCAGGGUGUCCGUUACAAUCUCUGCAUAGUCGAGUCUUCCACGGAGGCUGAGAAGUCGCGUUGCUCGAAGUACAUUACGCGUAUCAAGCAAGACGAGGUUUUCCAUAAAAGUAGUAAUCUCUAGGGCACAGCCAUCAUUCUGUGUAUCUGCACAUUGUUAUGUAACA